AUGGCGACGACGCGGCCGCACAGGUCCUCCACGGCCGCCUCACGACUGCCGCCGAUGAAUAACCAGAUAGCCGAACUCCGAAGCCUAGCGGAUGAAUUGAUCAGGGCCUCCGAGACCACACCACCGACCUCCGACGUCCUCCACAACCAGAGCAACGCCCUCCGCCGCAUGCGCCAGCUGCUGAUCGAGUCCAACGACCAAACCCAUACCAAAGACGCGUUCCGCCAUGUCCGUGGCUUCGAGACGCUCCUCAUUACCCUGCGCUCGCUCUCUGGCUUCUACAAACCCGCCGAGCUGCCCACGCCCGACCGCAUCGACUUCUUCGAGGUGAUCAAGGGCACACUCGAUGUCCUCUCAGACGCGCUGAACGAGCAUGCCGGUAACAGGCGCUUCUUCGCCAAGCGCGUCGAGCACGGCGGCUGGAGUGCUCUGGAACAAGCCCUGGCCAGCACUGGCAUUUUUGGCGGACAGUCGCAGAGCAAGCGUGACGAUGCCGGCCAGGAGCAGCUUUUCGGCACCCUGUUCGCCUUUGCCUUGGGCGAGGAGACCAUGACACGCAUCUUCAGGGAUAUUGAUAAGAAGGUCGAAGUUGCACAGCCCAAGCAGGCCGAGGACGCAGCAGCCAGCGGCGACUCGCAGCCUACUGAGAUCGUAGUCUCUAGCCCGCGGUCCGUGUACAGCGAUACCGAUCUCGAUCUCGAUCCACUACGCAGCCAGGUACGGGCUAUAUUCAGCGGCAAUGAGAUACUGCAGAAUCCAGACAUCAUUCCGACCAUCUUCCACUUCUGGCGGGGUCUUUCUGGUGAAGAUGCCCCGGGCACGCGCUCCAAGGCUCUCUCCAUAUCGGUGCUGCUUGCCAUCCUGGAAAUCACUUCCAUCUCUUCUUACAACAAAGCUGCGCUGCACGUCACCGGCGUCUUGAGCAGUGUCCUACCCCUGCUCUUUGAGAACAAGUGCGCUCCUAUAGAAGCUAGCCUCUUGCAAGAGCUGGCCGACGACCUUAUUCAGUACGGCAUCAACAAGCUGGACGAUGCAUACUACCUCUUCCGCAAAGCAGCGUCUUCUGAAUCAGCUGCUGAGUUUCUCUUGCGUGGUAUGCGCUCCUCCCGCGACCCGCCUUUCAUACAAUUCGAUCUAUCUUUGCAUGGCUUCAGCGCUGUUGAACUUCCAGACAUUGGUCGUCCAUUCCCACCCAUGUCCCCAGGAGGCGGAUAUACAUUUGCUGCUUGGGUCAGGGUCGACAGGUUCGACGCCGACUGCCAUACCACCCUCUUCGGCGCAUACGACGAUACACAAACGUGUUUCCUCAUGGCAUACUUGGAAAGGGAUACGCGUUGCUUUAUCCUGCAGACUUACAUGGGUCAUUCUACUGGUGUCAUACCCAGUGUCAGAUUCAAGAAAGCCCCUCGUUUCGAAGCAGGCCGGUGGUAUCACAUCGCUGUGGUUCAUCGGAGAGCCAAGACUAUCGGUAUCGGCGCUGCUAAGGCAUCUCUCUUCGUCGAUGGUGAGUUCACCGAGACUAUGAAAGCCCACUACCCUUCGCAUCCUCCGUUACUGGAUAGCAGCCAGGAUAGCUUUGCCUCCAUGUCUUCUAGCGUGUCCAAACACCACAUACUCGCGUUCUUGGGAACACCACGGAACUUGGCGCCUCGGCUGGGUAGAAACGUCAUUGCCUCCAAGCUCUCAGUCGCCUCCUUCCAUCUAUUCUCUGAACCGCUGUCAGAUGAGCUGAUCGCUGUAUAUCAUAAACUUGGUCCGCGUUAUUGUGGAAACUUCCAAGAUAGGCUCGGGUCGUUUCAAACCUACCGUACCUCUGCUGAGCUUCAUGUUCACAACGAGAUUUUACAUCCUGGGAGAGAGGAACGAUCCGACAUCGUAGCAGCUAUUCGGGCCAAUGCAAGCCAUCUCAUGCCUGAAUCGAAGAUAAUACUGAGCUUCUCUCCCAGUUCCGUAAUGGACGACGAUGACAGAAAUGCCAUCGAUGAAUCCCAACUAAUCCGAUCACUAUCACGCGAAUCAGCUAAAACUCUGCAUAAGUAUACCAGACUUCAUAGUACUCCGAUCAUCAUCAAUGCUGCCGUACCUUCGGUCAAUGAUGCACUGUCUCAGCCACGAGGAUUUGGACGUCUAUCUGGUGACCCCGUUGUUGUCGUUCCACAAUCACUCGACGAUGCCAUUUGGCGCAUUGGCGGGUGUGUGGCUGUCGGCUUGAAGCUGGUGCAAUCCGCCCAGACUCUAGACAGCAUGCUUCGCUCUGUCAACAUUCUGCUUGAAGCUGUUGGGGGCAAUUGGCGCAAUUGUGAGGCCAUGGAGCAGCGCAACGGGUUUGCUGUCUUGGCUGAGGUGCUUCGCCAGAAGAUUGGAUUCGCCAUGGGGGGAUUGGUGCCGCGCAACCCCUCCUCAUUAGAUGUGACACCAGAAGACUGCGAAGACUUUGUUAUGCAGCUCUUGCGAAUCAUCCUCCGAUUCGUUGGAUACGAUGAGAACGAGCCAACCGAGUCACUCAUCAUCAACCCACUUGCGUAUAGAGUACUUCUGGUUGAUCUGGAGAUCUGGCGUAGAGCUACCUCGUUGGAAACGCAGAAGCUGUAUUACUUGCAAUUUGCGCACUUUGCCAAGGGCAGCAAGCACCAUCACUACAACGCUAAGCGAUUCCAUAGGAUUCGUGUUGUCAAGCGUCUCACAGAUGCUCUCAAAGGUGAAAACUUCACUCCAUCAACGUUCAAGCUGUUUCUCGCCGCCUUCAAAGCGCUACUUAUCAUCAACUUCAACGGGGAAAAUGCGAGAUCGCUAUCUCUUUUUGUCACAUAUGCGUUGCACGACAGCCGCGCAUCAUAUGCGAAACGGGCACUGCGACCGAAAGCGAGCAUUGCUCGUCUUCGCAAAGGCACACCCCCGACAUUGACACCAGAGUCUACACCACGCUCGAACAGCCCGGCACAAAGCGGCGGCAGUUCGCCACCACUAUCCCUACCAGAUUUGGGCAUCGCCAUCCUCACUCUCCUGGCGGAACUUCUCUGCGAUCCUCAGAACCCGCACGAAAUCGUUCGUUUUGCGAAGAAUGUCACUGGAAAGUGGCUGCUCUAUCUCCUUGCCGAACCUGAACAGCGAGUCGUCGUUCUUGGGGCAAAGAUCUUAGCUCGACUGCUAGUGAUCAAUGGUUCGCACUACGUCAAGAAGUUUGGGGAUAAGACAGGAGGCUUCAUCUUGAUGAAAAACAGGUUGCGCCACUGGUGGAAUACACCAGGCAUCUGGACUAUCUGUUUCGCGAUCCUUUUUGGUCGCGAUGUCGCAACCAUUGACUUCGAGCGCGACUUUGACGUCUUCAAUCUGGUCGACAUUUUUAUCGCUCAUUCACCCCAGUCUCAGCUCAGGAUCUGGUACCCUGAAAUAUUCCCAGUAAUCACCGCGAUGUUGGAGACUGGUCUGCGAGCGAUUGUCCGCGACCGUGACCUCGCCCGAGCCGAUGAUGGCACACCAAAGCAAGAGACUGAAGGCACAGUCACUCGAGGACGUCGUAGAACAAUGUCGCUAAAUGCCAAGCAGCCAACAGUUGAUACCCGGGCUCCUCAGACAGAUCGACUGAAUGACUUUGCCGUUGUUCUGAACUCUGCUAUCCAGUUCCUGUCUGAGCUACAUUCACGAUCGGAAGGGUUUCGCGACUACACUCACUCUUCCAACUACGUUCAAGAACUGCUCUUCGUCCUCUAUCCAGUCAUUGUCACAUCUGACAGUGUUAGCGCUGAGACGGAAUUACUUUCAAGAGGGUCCGCACUGACCUUCGAGGGCCAAGACGUUGUGAUCCGACCACUUUCCCGAGCCAACGGGCAUGAAGCGCCUGUGGUUCGCACGACGAACGUUGACGUAUCACCUUCGCCUGCGUCUCGACGCGUAUUACCUUUCCGCAGAGCGUCAUCAUUUGUGCUCGUCUCGGCGGAUAAGAAGAAGGCCGCUCAGCAACCUUCUCUCAACCCAAUACUAUCACCAAAGUACGCUGCUCCCUUGGCACUAAAGGUUGGUAGCUCCGUGGUAGAAGCAACUUUGGAAGUUGUUCUCGACGUGUUCAAAGAUCAGAUAUUCACACGCAAAGAGUUUCCUGGCUUGGGUCUCUUCCUCAAGACGCCUCCCGGCUUUCAAGAACAUCAAGCAUAUUUCGAGUCAUACAUUCUUCGGCAAACGCUCUCGUCCGUCAAGAAUGCGCUUCAGUUUGAUCAGCAAUUAUUGCACGAACCGCGCGUUCUCCUCAAUUUGCAACGCUUUGUGGUUCACGUGUCCGAAGCGGUCUUCGAGGGAUGGUUUCUUGAAGGCGCAGAGUCCUUGCUCGACUUCGCUGGCUUCCUCCUAGAAUAUCUCGAACGUCCGGAUAUUGCGACUAUCAAGUCCGUCAGACUGUGCACGCAGCCUAUCUCAUCAAUUCGUAACACUUUCUUGAGAGUUGCUCUGCUUCGUUUGGCGGAGUCUGAUGAGUCAGAAAGUGGUGCAACUACCACGGCAGUCAUCGAGAAGAUGAUGUAUUGGCAGCCUAUCAUUCUUUCUUCUGUCAACAACGAAACAUUCUCGUUGAAGAUGAUCUGCUAUCUUCUCUACACACAGUUGUCGUCUGAACACACGGACGUGCGUCUUGCGGCGGCGAACUUCUGGAGGUCGCUCAUGGUGCAAAAGCCUCACGAAACAUCUAUGAUCUUGGCCGAUGCCAUCCACGGCGACACCAAAGAUCUCUACGAUGGCUUUCAGAAGCUUGUCGAACUUGAUAACGAAACAUUCCUAGAGUGGCUCGAUAAGAACAAGACCGAGAUGGAUAAGUUCUUCUAUGGCUCAAUGACUAAAUCGUGGGAAGACUUUGCGCAAAGCCAAAACAAGAAGACCGAAGAGACUUCUCAGAGGCGAAUCGCCAAGCGCAAGGAGAAGCUGAAGCAGUGGCAAUCUGAUGAGCUUGCCGCGGAUAAUGUCUGGAAUCACCAUGAAAACUCCACAAACCACUGGAGAUCCAACAUACACGCAUCUGAACGCAUCAAGCACCAGCGCGUCCUUCAAGACCAGCAGGAUAAUGCUACUUACAUGGCGACAGUUUUGGCCAAGCUUGACCACCAACUGAAAGGCCCAUGUGGUCUGUUCGAAGACAGUCCACCUGCCAGAUGGCGGCUCGACGAAACCGAGGGUCGUGAUCGAAAGCGUCUACGUAUCGUUGUCGACAACACUAGCAGAGAGCAGUCGUAUCAACCUAAACGCAAAGACACAGAUCCACGAGAGCGACCCAGGUUGGAUACCACUGUGCCAGCAAUUUCGGCGAAGGAAGCUGUUGGUGCCACCCCUGUCAAGGCGCGAUCGACUAGGUCUGCCUCUUCCGUGAGUGCAUCGGGUGAUCCAACGGAAGAACCAGAAUCUGCUAGCGACGACGACUUUGAGAUGGUCGAAGCUAUGUAUGAAGAUGAGGAUGGCUUCGAAGACAAGAACCGCAAGGUCAUGCGGAGCCUUAACCGCGGCGAUCAGGUGCAAUACGUUUGCAAUAUCUCUCGGGUAGUCGGACUGGAAGCAAUAGAGGGCCUCCUCAUCGUAGGAAAGGACUGUCUUUACUUGCUGGACGACUUCUUCCAAAGGUCAGACGGCGAGAUCGUACGCGUGUGGCAGGCGCCGCCCGAUGAGCGCGACCCCUACGUUCAAGUCAUAGCUGGCAAGGAAGCUGUCACUACCCGUCGCCCACCACCAAGGAGCCAAGAAGAUGCGGUGAGAAAUUGGAAGUGGACUGAGGUUAUUAGUAUUUCCAAGCGGCGCUUCCUUCACCGCGAUGUUGGAAUCGAAGUCUUCUUUGAUGAUGGCCGUAGCUACCUUCUCACAGCUGUCUCUGCCCAGGCUCGAAACGACAUCCACUCCCGGGUCCUACAACGAGCUUCGCAUGUCGCGAAUCCGGACAAGCAUGCCAACUCUGAGAUAUCCUGGCGCCUUGACUCCCUGCGCAACCCGGAAGAAGCACCACAGACAUUUGGAUCGCGCUUCGCAUCAGCAUUUGGUUCUGCUUCCGCUCAUCCGGCGACCAAGAAGUGGCUGAAAGGAGAGAUGUCCAACUUCCAUUAUCUGAUGUUCGUCAAUACACUCGCUGGAAGGACGUUCAACGAUCUGACCCAAUACCCGGUCUUCCCGUGGGUGCUGUCGAACUAUCACAGCGAAGAAUUAGAUUUGAGCGACCCGAGCAACUUUCGAGACCUCCGCAAACCUAUUGGUAUUCAGGAUCCUAAGCAAGAGCACCUCAUUAGAGAGAGGUUUAGCUCGUUUGCCGAGAUGGGAGACGCUAGUCACGCCUUCCAUUACGGAACCCAUUAUUCGUCCGCCAUGACCGUCGCGUCGUAUCUGAUGCGACUUCAACCCUUCAGUGCGGCCUUCUUUCUCAUUCAGGGUGGCACAUGGGAUCACGCUGACCGAAUGUUCUACUCGAUCCAAAAUGUCUGGGACUCGGUGUCCGCGAAGAAUAUGGCCGACGUACGCGAGCUCACCCCAGAGUUCUACUUUCUCCCUGACUUCUUGACCAACGUCAAUGGGUACAACUUUGGUCUGCGAUCCGAUGGCUCGAAGAUCGAUAACGUCCAAUUACCUCCGUGGGCCAAGGGCGACCCGGCCAUAUUUAUCGCCAAACAGCGCGAGGCUUUGGAAAGUCCUUACGUUAGCCAGAACCUGCAUCAUUGGAUCGACCUCAUCUUCGGUUACAAGCAGCGAGGCGAAGCAGCAAUCGAGGCUGCAAAUGUCUUCCACUACAUGACAUAUCAGGGUGCAAUCGAUCUCGAUUCGAUUACUGACGAGAAGGAGCGCGCACAGAAGAUUAGUGUUAUCAACAAUUUUGGACAGACGCCUCCACAGGUUUUCCAGCGACCGCACCCGCAAAAAGAAAACGUCACGAAACCUACCAAGCUCGACACUUCUGCAGAGAGCUUACAUCGGGUUCCCGGCACGCUACUGGAGUCUAACGAUCGCAUCUCAUCUCUCAACUACAUCAGCAAGAGCGACAAGCUCCUUUGCUCAGCACCAUUUCGGCACAACAUACCGCCGCAUCAUGAUCGUUACAUGGAGUGGGGUUUCACGGAUGGCAGCGUGCGCUUCUAUGAUUCACACUCCAAGAAGCUCAUCGGGCUGUUCGAGCAUUUACACUCUGGCCAGCUGACAACUUCCCUCUUCGUUGACGGUAGAACCCUCAUCACUGCAGGAACAGACUGUACACUCGCGAUUUGGAACAUGAGCAAAGCUGAAAGAGGCCACAUCGACCUGCAGAACGCCACAACGCUAUUCGGCCACAAGUCAUCCGUCAUCACACUCGCCGCAAGCCGCGCAUUCUCUGCAUUCUUGUCCGCAUCACUGGACGGGCGGGUCUUCCUCUGGGACCUGAACCGGAAUGAGUUUGUUCGCGAGCUCGAUCUAGGUCCAAGGCAGAAGCGCAACCCAGUACCGAUUCAAGCGGCUAGGAUCAAUAGCGUCACAGGACACAUUGUACUUGCUUGCGGAAGCCGACUCGUCGUCACGACACUCAACGGUGCAGUGCUGCUUGACGAGGAUAUCUGCGAUAGCGAAGACGACGCAGAUGGCAUCACAGCUGUCGCUGUGUAUGAGGGUGUGGGAAAUGAGUGGUGUGAGCGCGAACUCAUCUUCACUGGACAUCGUAGGGGUGUCGUCAAAAUCUUCCAUCUAACGCCAACACCCCCGACCAUCACCACUCCAACCUCAGUACCCAGCAAAUGGUCUGCGAACCUCAUCAAUGUGCUCAAUCACAGUGAUCCAACGUCUCCCUCGUCUGCGGCACCCAUCACGUGUAUAUUGCCGAUGCCUCACCAUGUCUAUACCGGCGAUGAGGAGGGCAGAGUGUACGAAUGGGAUUGCGUGCACAGACAUCAUUGA